UGAUGUGUGUGACAGAUCGCGGCUUACGUGAACCAGCCCAUGGUGGACGUGUCCAUUCUGCAGCGCUCACUGGCCAUCCUGGAGAGCAUGGUGCUGAACAGCCACAGCCUGUACCAGCGGGUGGCGCAGGAGACCACUGUGGCACAGCUCAUCACACACCUGCAAGUGUCCAAUCAGGAGAUCCAGACGUACGCCAUCGCCCUCAUCAACGCCCUGUUCCUCAAAACCCCAGAGGACAGACGCCAGGAGAUGGCGAGUACACUGGCUCAGAAACACCUCCGCGGCAUCAUACUCAACCAUAUCAUCCGGGGGAAUCGACCAGUCAAAGCUGAAAUGGCACAUCAGCUGUACGUGCUGCAGGUUUUGACCUUCAACCUUCUGGAAGAACGCAUGAUGACAAAAAUGGACCCGAAUGACCAGACACAAAGAGAUAUCAUCUUUGAACUCAGAAGAAUCGUGUUUGAUGGAGACAGUGAUCCCAGCGGAACAGAAAAGAGGAAAGCCAUCUACACUAAAGACUACAAGAUGCUGGGCUUCACUAAUCCUGUGAAUCCUGCCAUGGAUUUCACUCAGACACCACCGGGAAUGUUGGCACUAGACAACAUGCUUUACCUCGCCAAAGUGCAUCAGGACACAUAUAUCAGAAUUGUUCUAGAAAACAGCAGUCGAGAAGAUAAACACGAGUGUCCAUUUGGUCGCUCUGCCAUUGAGCUGACGCGCGUGCUGUGUGAUAUUCUACAGGUUGGAGAACUGCCGAAUGAAGGGUGUAACGACUUCCAUCCCAUGUUUUUUACCCACGAGCGCGCUUGGGAAGAGUUCUUCUGCGUCUGCAUACAGCUGCUCAAUAAGACGUGGAAAGAAAUGAGGGCCACUGCAGAAGAUUUCAACAAGGUGAUGACGGUGGUGCGAGAACAGAUCACUAGAGCUCUGGCCAUGAAACCGCCGUCUCUGGAGCAGCUGCGGGUCAAACUGCGCAGUCUGAGCUACGCUGAGGUCCUGCGUCUGCGUCAGUCUGAGCGAAUGAGUCAGGACGACUUCCAGUCACCCCCUAUAAUUGAGCUGCGUGAGCGGAUCCAGCCAGAGAUUCUGGAGCUGAUCAAACAGCAGCGACUCAGUCGUCUGUGUGAGGGAAGCUGCUUUCGCAAACUCGCCAACAGACGGAGACAAGAGAAGUUCUGGUUCUGCCGUCUGUCGUUGAAUCACAAGGUCCUGCACUACGGAGAUCUGGACGAGUCUACACAGGGCGAAGUGCCGUUUGAACUGCUCACCGAUACAAUUCCCGUGUCGGACAUUAAAGCGGUGCUGACAGGGAAAGACUGUCCACACAUGAAGGAGAAGAGCGCGCUCAAACAGAACAAGGAAGUGUUAGAGUUGGCGUUUUCCAUCCUCUAUGAUCCUGAUGAGGCUCUCAACUUUGUGGCAACCAACAAAUACGAGUACUGCAUCUGGACGGAUGGACUGUCUGCGCUCUUGGGGAAGGAGUUGGGCAGCGAUCUCACACGAAGUGACCUUGACACAUUAAUGAGCAUGGAAAUGAAGCUCCGCCUCCUCGACCUGGAGAACAUCACCAUCCCUGAGGCUCCUCCCCCUGUGCCCAAAGAGCCCAGCACUUACAACUUCACCUACAACUACGGAUGAGGCGUCUGUCCUCUCCAUCAGUGCUUGUGUUUUCUGUGUCGUUCACUCCUCAGAGGUGAAGUGUGUUAUUUGUCUGUCACUAAGAGACUUUCCUGCCAGUUGCAUGUUGAGAAGCGAUCAGUGACAAACAUGGGCGAAAGAGCAGAAAUGACACACUUCACCUUUAUGCUAGUGUAUGUGCCUGAACAUGAACUAGUCUUGGUUACGAGAGUCCUUUUUCGAAUGUUUGAACACAAACGGUUCUUCUGUCUUCAAGUAUUUGAUUUUAAACGGGAAAAGCAGAAACAGUAUCAUUGUGUGUUUAGACAUUGUAAGGCAUCUACUCCCAUGUGUGAUGUGAUGUUAAACGCUUAUAUGAGUAACUCGACUGAACAGUUAGUAACUCUGAACACCCCACAGAUCUGUCUGCAGAUAACUAAUAUUUACUGACGUUUGCUCUUGUCAAUAGAAAUAUAUUUUUGUACUUGAUGUGCAAGCCACUAUGUGGUACGUUGAGAACACAAAGGUUGCAUGAAACGGAGGAAGAAAGCAAGCGAGUGCAAGAAGAUGGGAGCGUUUUGUGCUGAAUUCUGACUCGUAGACUGAACGGGAUGCAACAUUCAAAAAUCACCUCUCUCUACAGUCCUGCAGAAACUGUAUGUGAUAAUAGCCAUACGAGUUUGUUGAUUUGAACAUUUAUUUCGUGAUUUCUCUAUUACAGUACUCAAAAACACAUUUAGCUGGAAUAUUUACACACGUUUAUCUUCUGUCUGUGCGUUCAUGUUUGCUUGCCAUAAUAUAAGGUUAUUCUGUGUGAAAACAGGACGAACCAAUAGAUGGAUUCCUGACAGAGGUGUGAUGAUUUGGUCAGAUUUGCUUGAUGUUACAGCUGCUAGUUUCUGAAUGUUUUAGUGGGCAGGUUUCAGUUUUUGGGUUGAAAUAUUGAACACAUUAUAAAUAUAUAGUGCCUUCAGAAAGUAUCGAUUCCCUUUUUAUUUCUCAUUGCCAAAUAGGUAAUUUUAAUAGUUUUUUCUUUUUUUCUUUGAUUUGUGAAAGUUUUGCAUUUAUUGUUCUUGACGUGUGAAAAAACAUUUAAUCUUUAAAAUGUGAUGGUGUAAUAAUACUUUCUGAAGGCAACUAUAUAUAAACUGUAUAUAUUGUACUGCCUUAUCACAGUAAUGCAAUGGAUUUGUGUGCAAUAAUAAAAUGUGUUAAAGUCA